GGCAGAAUGGGUAGAGUUGAGGAGGAGAGCGUACGAAGUUCGAUCGAUUAUUUUCACGAAUUAUACUCACCUGGACGACACACAAGCACACAGGUGAGAAGCUCGGCUAAUGGAUGAAGAUGAAGAUGAUGUCUUCGGGAAGGCUCUACAGCGCUGGCCUUCUUCCCACCGUCAGAUAAAGCAGACAGAGAGGGGUCCUCAGACAGUGGGGCGUCCCCCCGCACCGCCCAACGGCAUGCUGCCCUGUCGGAUGCAUGGGGAGCGCAGACGCCUUCUUAACGGUAAUGCAGGCCUGCUGUUGCUCGCUCCACCCGCCCGCUCGCCGCCUUUAGACAUCGCGUUACAGGAAAACCUGCAGCCAAUGGAUCCGCCCGCACCGCGGCCCCCGCAGAGCGUCGAGACCCUCAUCGGUCAGAAGCUCCAGCUGAUCGGAGAUCAGUUCUAUAAGGAACAUAUGAUGCAUCACAGAAACCAAAGGGUCCAGCAGCCGUUGUGGUUACGUGCGGCGCUGGCGAUUCACACGCUGUUGUUCAGGAGAGAGGGGGGCGGCAGGAGGGACGACCGCCGGUGAAAACGCCACCCAUGUCCCGGUCUCACCAAGGGCAGCACUGGUUCACAUUUAACACGGGUAUUGAGGGAAAAGACAAAAAAAUAAAAACAAAGACGAAGUCUCCGCAGGACGGGGACAGUUUUUUAAACCACGUUGUUUUCCCUACGAAGAUGCCAUGUUGUUCUUGAGAUUGGAACAGGAAUACUUUCAUAAGAAACGUGUUGCGGUAUCUUGUACAGCACGCUGUUCUUGUUCGUUUUCGAUUGCACUUCCAUACACGUAUGUUUCGAGUGACCUCCGCCGGUCUUGGGAGGAGCCUUAAUGCCCCGCCCCCUCUUCUGAAGCAGGAGGUGGGCGGGGCUUUCCAUUCAGAAAUCUCCCACGUCGUCAAUCAACUUACGACAAAUCUCCAAAGAGGCCGUUUCUCAGAAUGAAGCUUUUUGCACCUCGUUUUCAUCUUGUUUUUACUCUUUUUCUUUCUUUUUUGAACUCGUUUUGAAUGUCAGUGUCUGGGUGAUGUUUGUGUUUGUCGAGCAUCAUGGAGUUAGUGAUGGAUUCAUGUUUGCGUUCUUUUCAUUUCAUUGCUUUUAUUUGAAGUCUUGCCAUCCAGCUAGUCAACGGUCAAACGCAGGAGUGUUCAGAUGAUAGUGGACUGUUUUCAGUGAUUCUACGACAGCUCUGUUGUUUGCUCUGAUAAUAUCUGGAUAACGAUAGCGCUGUCCGACUGCUGAACUGAUCCGGCAUCGUCUCAAAGGAAACCAGUGGCUUAAACAUAUUGAGCUUGUCAAAACGUUUCAAUUCAGCCAAAAAAGAAAAUUCUUUUGGCAUUUAUUCACCCUCGCGUGAUUUGUGCAGACCACAAAAGAAGAUAUAUAAAAGAAGAACGUUGAUUAUUGAAACCCAUUGACUUCCAUUGCAUGAACACAAAACCACUGAGACAUUUCUGAAAAUAUCUUCUUUUAUGUGCCACUGAAGAAGGAGUCACAUACAGAUUUACAACCACAUGAGAGAGAAUAAAUGAUGACGGAAUUUUAUUGUGGGGUGAACUGUCCCUUUAAAAUACAGAAAAUUUUGCAAAAUACAAGAAAUGAAGGCGACGCCUUGGAGCAUGUUUUUUAUUUCGGGUCUCACUCAGGUACUUCAAUCCAUAAAUGAAAAUCAACAUAAACCCAUGAUCAUAUGUUUUAGUGCUACCUGCAUGAAUACCAGGUCGUGUUUACAGUAACAUACCGCAUAUAUUCAGUGCACUUCAGCAUUCGAAAUCCUCUGAUAUUACAGUCAUGGACACUUUUAUCAUUUCUGUGUUUUUCUAUCAUGUUAAACUGAUAAUCACGGCGUCUGCGAGCAAUACUGUGUAAUUCUGAAGUGACUGCGUUAUUUCACUCUCAGGACACUUGGAACGGAUUUUUAAACGUGCGUUUGUACUUUUAUACUGUCAGGUGAUCUCGUGUACAUUUUUUUCUUUUUUAAAUAUGACCACUAUUUUUUCUGCAGUUUUAAUAAGAAGACACUGACGCUGUUCUCAAUGCUGUUUCUCUGUAGAUGUCUUUCCUGUUGUCUUUUGUUUAUUUCGAAGGAGUGAUGCAUGUUUUGAGAUUCAUGUUGCACGAAUCAUGUAAGGAUUUUAUUCAGAGAUACGAGAGAGGUUUUUUAUUCAGAAAUGAGAGAUGUAUUUAGUCUUGGGCAGAAUGAAGACUGUUCUUAUUCUUUUGAAGACAUUCAUGCUGAUAUCAAAGCCGUGUCAAAUCAAGUCGUUAAAAAUAUACUUUUACCGAAGAAAACAAAGCCAGUUUCAAUUAUCAUUAAGACAGUUUGCAUUUCGAGAAUUUCCCGUAUGAUUUUUAUAAGGAAAAACAAAAAAUACCAAACAUCAUUGUCCUUACAGUAUGUAAAGCAUCGUUUCUUGUUUUUGAUUCUUCAUGAUUUGGGUAGAAAUCUGACUUUUUUCCACACAUCUGUAGCUCAUUGGUACAGUGGUGCGGUACAUCAGAGUCUGUCUGUCCAGAUUGUGGAGGCGGAGGUCAUCUCUGUAAACAUGUCAAAUGUUGAGAUGAGAUGAACGUUUGAUUCCUGCGGUUUGAGAACACCAGUGCCUGAAUGACUCUCUGCCUCCUGAUCUUUACACAAUCCUUCCACAUAUUACAUAUUUCUUUCUUAUUUAUUUGAUUUCUUGUUUUUUUGUAUACCGGUCUGUUGCUACUGUGCACAUUUGUGCAAUUCUGAUGUCUUGGUGCUGGUGUUGUGUUUCUCUCAUGUGGAUGGUGUUACUGGAAGUUCAGACGGAUGUGUGACGUAUCUCAACAUCCGUUCAGCUUUUCUUCUGUUCGUCUCAGUUUCUCCCGGAUCAAAGUGCCAACACAUGAAUUAAGCAUAAAAGCAAUUCCAUGAAAUUCUUGUCACCCCUCUACAUUUCUUUACUGUAAUUCUUUGAAUGUUUACUUGGGUGUGUGUAUUUCUUCAUCACCUUUGUGAUUUUUUGGUCCUAAAAACAUAAUUCAUUGUAUUAAAUAUAACGGCUUUAUUUCAUUUGGGGGAUCUGGAUAUGUUCAUCAUAGCAAAGAUUAACGGUGACUUGUUCUUCUGUCUGGGUUUUUGUGUUUAUUAAACCGUUUAUUAUCUAAAGACCCGAGUUAAGAAAAGACAAAUCUGUACAAAAACAGUGUAUUACAGUUAUAGUAACACCACGUUUGUUAACUGGAGAUUUUGAAGACACGUGUGGUCACUCAUGUCUACUGUGUUAUUGUGGGUGACGUACAGUAUGAAGUGAUUUAUCUCUGUGAUUAUUUCUUUUUCUUUCCUUUUUUUACAUGCACUGGAAAGUUGUUUGUGUUUGAUCUAAUCUGAAGGCUUCUUUUACCCCGUCUCGCUUUUUGAGGUUCUUCAGAUAUCAGGAAUGCAUUUUUGUCUGUUUUUUUGUUGUUUUUUUUGGCAUCCGACAAUGUAUUUGAUCCACACUGCCGUGCCCAGUAUUACUCAAAUGUGUGACCUGAACAGACGUCCAUGUGUGCUGGAACCAGCGGUGUCUUUAAAUGCUCAUAGUUUUGAGGCUUUUUUGAAGGCAGAUGUUUGAACUCAUUACAUUCUAAAAUGUUCUGAAUGUUAUCAUGUAUGAAAUCAAGGGCUUUUAAUCAUCAAAUGUGACGCAUUCUUUUGUCAAAAUGAAGGUAAACAUAAACCUCUUUGUCGUGGCCUGUAUGAUAUCAACACAAAACAACAUCCCUUCAGAAAUGCAGUUUUUGCGAGGAGCACAUCCGUCAGUCCUCACACGACUCGCACGUUGACUGGAGAGCGAGAGAUGAGACCCAGCGCAGAUGUAGCAUUUUUUGGUAAACAUUGACUGUACUGUGCACUCCUCACGCUCGUGUCGUUUCUCUUUUUCAUUUUUAAUACAGUAUGGAAGUUAGAGAUUUGUUAAAUAGUGCAAUAUGCUGUAUAUAAGAGCUUUGCUCUACAAUGCUUUUCUGAAAUGUUCUUUUGUUUUAUUGGUACACUUUUUUCAAUAAAUCAUAUUAAAG